CAGAUGAGAUUUGUUUCCAAACGCGCACCGAUGGCGGUGUGAGGCGUUUGCCUGAGGAGACCGAGCAGCGCUGAGGAUUUGUGAUGCUCUGUGCUGAAUUCCACAUGUGGAUCGGACUGGAAGUAUAACAACUUAAACUAUGGAUUAUUCAGUUGGUGUACUUUUACUUCUCGCCACGUUCUCGUCAGUGUCGACAGGGCAAUUCCCAACAGCGCAGACGAUAAAGGAAUGGGUCGACCAGAUGCAAAAGGAUUUAAUCACUUUAACAGACACAGCCAGUGGCAUGAAGGACUUAUCGGAGAUAUAUGGCAAACAUGAAACACGCUUCAGUGUGGAGCACAAUAAUGCAACAGAGCUGGUAGCCAAGGCUGCAGGAGAAAUUGAGAGACUGCUCGCAAAGCGCUCCGAAGCCCUGAGGAAAUUGGUGAAACAAGCAGAAAGGCUUCAGAUGGAUCACAAAUGGAGUCUUGAAACAGAGGGUGACGAUAUUGUUUACUACAAUGCCAAAGACGAUCUCAAUCAGACAGACAUGAAGAACCGUUAUGUCCCUGAUGACUUCCAUAUUGACCCUGAUUUUAAGCGCCUGGUCUCCUACAACACCACAGCGGUGCAUAUCCCGACGGACAUAUAUGAAGGAUCAACCAUCAUUUUAAAUGAGCUGAACUGGACUCAAGGUUUAGAGGACGUUUUUAGAAAAAACAAAGAGGAGGACCCGUCCCUGCUCUGGCAGGUGUUUGGCUCAGCCACUGGAUUACUGCGAUAUUUUCCAGCAUCUCCUUGGAUUGACUUAGGCAAUGCAGCCACAAAAAUUGACCUUUAUGAUGUACGCCGGCGUCCGUGGUACAUUCAAGGAGCAGCCUCACCAAAAGACAUGCUCAUUCUGGUGGAUGCGAGUGGCAGCGUGUCUGGUCUCACUCUGAAGCUGAUCCGACAGUCUGUCAGCAGGAUGUUGGAGACACUCUCAGACGACGACUAUGUCAAUGUGGUCUAUUUCAAUGAGAAAGCCCAGGAUGCAGCGUGUUUCUCCAACCUGGUUCAAGCCAACGUGCGCAACAAGCGGAUCCUGAAAGACGCGGUACAGUCCAUCACAGCAAAGGGCAUCACCAACUACAAAGGUGGAUUUGAACUGGCCUUCCAACAGCUCUCUCAGAUGAACAUUUCAAGAGCCCACUGUAACAAGAUAAUCAUGCUUUUUACUGAUGGAGGCGAGGAGCGGGCUGAAGAGAUUUUUGAGAAGUAUAACCCCAAACAAGCGGUCCGCAUUUUUACAUUUUCAGUUGGCCAACAUAACUAUGACAAAGGACCUAUCCAGUGGAUGGCUUGUGCUAAUAAAGGGUACUACUAUGAAAUUCCCUCAAUAGGUGCAAUCAGACUCAACACCCAAGAAUACCUGGAUGUUUUGGGUAGACCCAUGGUUAAAGCUGACAGAAGGGCCAAGCAGGUUCAAUGGACCAAUGUCUACCUGGAUGCACUGGAGCUUGGCCUUGUCAUCACUGGGACCAUGCCUGUUUUCAACAAGACCAACACCGGCUCAAAGAAAUCACAAAACCAGCUCAUCCUUGGAGUCGUGGCUGUUGAUGUUUCCUUGGAGGACAUAAAACGCCUUACUCCUCGGUUUACUUUUGGACCAAACGGAUAUUACUUUGCUAUCGACCCAAACGGCUAUGUGCUGCUUCACCCGAAUCUCCAGCCUCUGACUGCCAAGUUUGAUGAACCUGUAACUUUGGAUUUCCUGGAUGCUGAGAUGGAGAAUGAAGUCAAAGUGGAGAUGAGAAGAAACAUGAUUGAUGGUCAGAAAGGGAAAUACACAAUGAUUACUUUUGUUAAAUCCCAAGACGAGCGCUACAUGGACAUUGGGAAGAGGACAUACACAUACGCUCCAGUGAAGUCGACAGAUUAUAGCCUAGCCUUGGUUCUCCCUGAGUACAGUAAGCACUACAUCCGAGCUAAAAUUGGAGACACCAUCACCCAGGCCAAAUGUAAGUCAGUUUCUGAAAGCCUUCUUGCCGACAAGUUUGAUGAAUAUGGCUACACAUUUAUUGCACCAAGAGAGUACUGCAAGGACUUGAAGACCCCAGACAAGGACAGCAAUAAUACAGAGUUCCUGAUGGAGUUCAACAGUUACAUUGAUACGAAGACGCCAAACAAUCCUAUGUGUAAUGUUGAACUUGUGAACCGACUGCUUUUGGAUGCCGGCAUCACCUCUGAUCUAAUAAAAGUUUGGAGAAAGACUGAGAUGCCGAAUGGUGUGACUGCCAGAUUUGUGGCCACUGAUGGAGGCAUCACACGAGUCUAUCCAAAAAAUGCUGGCCUUAACUGGAAAGAGGAUGCAGAGACGUACGAGUCAAGUUUCUACAAGAGAAGUCUGGACAAUGAUCUGUAUAUUUUUACUCCAACACCUUACAUUGACCGAGAGAACUCAAGUGAUGAUUCUAUUCUUGUGAGCAGAGCAGUGGACCUUACCCUUAAAAACAUCACGGUCAAACCUGCUGUGGUCGGAGUGAAGUUGGACAUCAGUACCUGGAUGUCCAGUUUCAUUAACACUACACAGAGACUGAAUUGCAAUGAUGAGAUUUGUGGCUGCCAAAGAAAUGAUGAGUACGUGGACUGCAUCAUUCUUGAUGAUGGCGGAUUCCUGGUGAUGUCCAACAGAGACAUAUAUAUUGAUCAGAUUGGAAAAUUCUUUGGUGUUAUUGAUCCCAUCCUGAUGGUGAGCCUUGUGAACUCAUCGUUGUUCACCUCUAAGAAGACCUUCGACUAUCAGUCUCUGUGUGACCCAGUGAAGGAGAGCAAAGCUGCUGCAGGUCUGCGCUCCGUCUAUGUGCCCACCAUUGCAGAUAUCUUGAGCGUUGGUUGGUGGGCAACUGCAGCAGCUUGGUCCAUGUUGCAGCAGUUAUUAGUCAGCAUCACCUUGCCUUCCUACCUAGAAGCUGCUGAAAUGGAUGAUAAGCUAUCAGAUGCCAUGCUCAAAGAAGUGUGUAUCACAGAGCAAACUCAGUACUUGUUUGAGUCAUCCAACCUGUCAUUCAGAGGCACUGUGGACUGUGAAAACUGCUCCAGAAUCUACCAUGCUGAAAAACUGCCCAAGACAAACCUGGUCUUCAUCAUCACUGAUGCAAAACACACCUGCAGAUCUUGCGAUACCAAGCCACUGAUACAGGAAGAGCAACAGUCCGAUGGACCGAAUCCUUGUGAAAUUGCCAAGACUCCUCGCUACAGGAAAGGCCCUGAAUUGUGCUUUGAUAAAAAUGAGAGUGAAGAGGACGCUGACUGUGGAGGGGCAUCCAGCCUGAGUCCCUCUCUGUGGCUCAUGGUGGCUGUGCAGCUGGCCCUGCUCUGGGCUCUGAGCUCCAGACCAGACACUGUCCUAUCAUGACCUUAUCGUGACCUCCUAACUACUGUUCAACCAAGUGGACUCCCAGCAGGCAACGCUGCCACACAAGUGAAGACACAACAAACAGUCACAUCCUUUUAGAUGGUUUCAGAGGGUCAGUGAGGGUAUAAACAUGGAUGUAUCCGCCGGAUGGUUUGAGAACUAGAACUGAACUGGAGCUUAGCUAUGCUCUACCCUUCAAGUCCCCCUGCCCUCUGAGAUUAGAGGAAUCCACAGAUUCAUUUUGGUUGGCCAUGUAAGUCCCUGAUACUAUCGAGGAAAAAGAUGGGACUGCCUUGUGUUUAGUGUCAAUAGGAUGUUUUAAUGAUGGUGGUAAGAUCAGCUGUUUACUCAAGAUACUAAGCGGUUUUACUGACCACUGCCAGAAACAAUGCUGCUUUUUGCGAGCUUUAUUUUCAGUCUGUUUGCAGUGGCUGGAUAUGAUUUAUUUAUUUAUUUCAACUUUUAUUUUGGUUAAAUGACUUGGAUACAGAGAAGGAUGCCAAAUCAUUUAUGUGAUUAUACUUCCAAGUACAUCUUACUGUCUCUAACACUGCCCCCCUAUCACUAACUAUUCUUGCAUAUUUAGCAUGAACAGAGGGCUCAAAACAAAAAGCUUUUGUUCAUCUUUGUUUGGCCAAUCAACCCUCCAACUGCCACAGGCCAUUUUUAUCUGGUUACACACAUGAAAUACCCCUUAUUUUGAACUGAAGUUAGAGUUUUGUUGCCAUAGGUGAUGCUGCUCAGUUUGAACCUGGCCAGUGACGCCUGCUCAGUGGACUAAACUCUCUUGUGCCAUGUAGACAUUGUAACCCGGAUAAACUUCUUAUCUUGUAGCUAAUGAAUGCAAAAGAGACUAUUAUUUACUUUAGGAAUGAAGCAAUGUUGUGAUGCUCGACUGCCACAUUUUCUGCAUAUGAUUUCUGUUCAGUUUGUUUGGAUUGAAAAGUAAAAUGUACAUGUGCAUUUACUACUGCUAAAUAUUGUGUAACCACUAACACUGAUUAGGUGUGGAUAAUGUAAUGUCUCUUUUUUUUGACAAAUGAUGUCAAGUCAAGCAAAGGAACUAAAGAAAUCACAGAAUCAGUGACUUUUCGUGCACUAUUGAGAUGAACUAAGGGGGGAAAACAUAUCAAAAUCUGCCAAAUCUGACACUUUGUUAUCUUGAUACUUCUCCAUAGCUUUUUCUUUUGUUUGUUUUAUUCUUUUUGUAUUUAUGUAAUCUGGCUUGUCUGGAAAACUUUUAUUCAGUCUGUGCUCUUGGUUUUAGCCUGUGAGAAUUAAUUUGAGUUUAUUUUUGUUCUUGAUAAAACUGACAAUCAGUAGUGUGAUACAUACAGGCUUCAUAUUUGGUUGCUUAGUCCCAUAUAGAAUUACUUUAUUUGAAGAAAAAAAUCAGCAACUGUUGCAGAUGAUGCCAGUGUAAUUACAAUCACUAUAGACAUUUUAUGCAACGUUAACAACUACAUCCAUCUAAAUUUUAACUCUAUUAAGUGGCAUUAGCCGGACAUAAAUAUAUAUUUUAAUUUUUAAGUUUUUAAAGUCAGGUUAUGUAGCAUAUCUUCCAACCCAACUAUUUCAGGUUGUCAAGUUGUCUGUGUGCACUUUUCCAGCUAUAUUCUAACAAAUGUGGUGAAACUAACAAUGCUGUUUGUGCUAUUUAGUAAAUAUUAUACAUAAUAUCAAGUGCCAUAUAGGACUCUUAUGGAGAAGCCUAUUAUCCUAAUAUUUAUGCAAUGCUACCAAGGCAAGAUGUAAGUUUCCCUGUACUGCAUGGUUGUGGCUGAGACUGAUAAACUCACAUAUUUGGUAUAUGCUCCAUCUGUAGAGUGUGAUGUAGAAAGCAUAAUCUCCCGAGUGUCCGGCAUCUGUUUAUGAUAUGAUACAUAUGGUACAUAUGGUAUGGUCAGCUCUUACUGCCUUUCUCUUGGGGAGACAGCAUUUGGCUCAUCCCUGCUCUGAGUGCAACAACAGGUAGUCCGGAUUGGGCAUUGUCAUGUGAUAUGCACUAUUCUCAUGCUAUCAUGUCUGCUAUUGGACAAACCACCUUUAAGACCAUACUAGUGAUUUCACAUGUCGAAGCCUACUGCCAAACUGCAAGUGUUGAUUGAAUUUUGCCAUUGAUAGACUAAACCAGUAGAUGGAAUCAAGGAGACUUCAAAGAUCCAUACAGUUUGAAAACAGCCAUAUAAAGAAAGUAAUGACCUAUUUUGUCUCCAACAGUGCUUUCAUUGAUCUACCAAAUAAUGCAAUAUUAUGUGUCAUUGAUAACGUGCAAAGCAAAUUGCCCCCAAAAACCUAAAAAGUAUCUCAUGACAUUGAUUGCAAUGUAAGCAUCAAUAAAAAAGCACACACUGUACAUUGUAGUGGUAACCUCCAAACUCAGAGAAUGUUAACAUGUCAAAUCCUGGUAUGGUCCACUAUUUAAGAGUGCAUGGGUGUUUAGGGUAUUAAUGGACAAAAAAGCUACGCUGUUUAUAUUGAUACUCAGAUACUCAGUGGCUAUGCUAAGAAAACCUUGGUGAGCAUGUACUGUUCUGCUGGUAAGUACUCCAAUCGGAUGCUGUCGCCUCAGGAAUAACCUCCUUCUCAGUGUGAUUUGACGUGUUUUUGAUUCUGUUGGUGCUCUGUUUUGACUGUGUGGAUUUGCCUUUUAUUUAUGGAAUCUUGGAGAUUGCUUAAUGCGUGUUUACUUUGUGUCUGUUACCUUUGAUUGGCAGGCAUGUCAGUCACUUUCUCUGCCUUGAUAUUUGAAGGCAGGCUCUGUAUGAAGGCUUAGACAAAUUACUCCCCGUGGGCCUUUUUGUCGGUCUCCCUGAUUGUGCUUUAAUAGUCUUGUAAAAAAUUUGUACGAAAUGAUGUUGUUCUUACAAAAAAGAGAAAAAGUACAAUGUUUAUAAUCCUGGGAGGGAAAUGUGUUGUGAGACGAGAUAUAUUCAGAAUAAAGUUUAUGAUUAUUA